GCGCGAGGCGGCUGGAUCACACACACGAGGCGCACGCGACUCUCCCGCUCAGAACCGAUCGAUCCGCGCGAGGACGGAAGAAGCUCUUCAGCGGGAAAAUCGAGGGGGAAACCAUGGCAACGGGUCUGAGGCUGAAGCUGGGCGCGUGACGCAGCGGUUACAGGUCUGCAGAAACAUGUCUUCCUCCUCUUCCUCCUCCUCUUCCUCCUCUUCCUCGGAGCUGCCCUACUUUUGCCCUCGUUGUGGCAACGAGUUCCGCUUCUCGUCCGUACCUGAGCUCCGUGCUCACCUGGUCAGCCGACACACCUACGAGACGCUGCUGGUGCUGUCACAGACCCGGGUCAGAAGCUCCAGACCCGGUGGUGUCCUGCCUCUGCCCGGCCCAGCUGAGGCCCAGAGACCAAGCUCCUCCCUGGACCUGGCCCCGUCAGCGGCCUCCAUCCGGCUGCUGGGGCAGAUGUUCGGCGCCCGUGGCGGCCCGGCGCCGGAGGCGGGUGUGCGGGUGGAGUUCGGGCUGUCGGUCGGGGUGGGGCUGGAGGAGAGGAUGGGCCUGGGCCUGGAUCACAGAAUCGCCCGCUGCUUUGCCGAGGUGGAGGAGAGGGUGAACCAGCGCGUGGCCCGGCUGAAGGAGGAGCUACGCAGGAGGGAGGCGGAGCUAGAGCUGGAGAGGCGGGGCGGGGAGCGGCUGAAGAGCGAGAAACAGGAAGUGGAGGAGAGGGAGGCACACCUGUCCAAACAGGUGUCUGCUGCCAUGGCGACGAUGCAGCAACUAAAGGACGACCUGGAAGGAAGAGACAAAGAGCUGAGCCAACGCCAGCGGGAGAUGGGGGAUAUUGAGUGUUUCCUGAGAGAGACUGCAAAGAAAGAGGCCGAGGCUAAAUCCAGACUGCAGGUGACCUUCUGUCUUCCUCCAUCGUCCUCACACCUUCACCGUCUCAGGGUCUUCAUAGAGACGUUGUUGGACCGAGCCGACCGAGCAGAGAGGCAGCUGCUGCUCUUCAGCUCGCGACGCGACGGCUACGAGCACAACGACCCCGAUGCCCCGGGCCGAGGGGGGCGGAGCCUGGAGGGCAGGGAGAUGCAGGGAAUCUUCGGCAACCGGAUUCAUGCACAGGACGUGUCCUCUCUGUCCCCCAGGGGACGCAUGCGCACCUGGUCUCUGGGUUCAGGGGGGUGGGAUGGCGAGGGGGGGCCGGCUCCUCACCACCUGGACGCUCCACCCUGGACCCUGGAGGAGGGAGGAUGUGGGAGAACGUGGAGCAAAAGACCCCAUCGCCACUACAGCACUGAAGAGGAGGAGGAAGAUGAUGAAGAGGAGGAGGAGGAAGAGGGAUUGUGGAGCAGCGCUGAGAUGAGGAGACUGAUCUCCUCCAGGAGGAACACACCUGGUUCCCCCCUUCCCACAGAAGCCCUCUCCUCCCUUUGCUCCACCCCCUCCCGUCGUCAUGGUGAUGGGCGCCUGGGGGCGGACUCCCUGAGGCUGAGGGCGGGGCUCUUCUGCGUGUUUCCCUACCUGGAGGCCCGCUCGCUGCUCCACGCCGCCGAGGUCUGCUCCGAUUGGCGCUUCGUUGCCAGGCACCCGGCAGUUUGGACACGCCUCCACCUGGAGAACGCCAGAGUAUCCGCCGAGUUCCUGACCACGCUGUCUCAGUGGUGCACUCAGACUCAGUCUUUGGUUCUGAACAACCUGAAACCUCGAAGCAGACGAGCCAAUGAGACCCGAGAGGACUACCACAAGAACACACGAGGCAGCGUGGAGCCGGGGGUGGAGGCGCUGCUGCGCUCAGCAGGCGGCAGUCUGCUCCACCUGUCUGUCUCUCAGUGUCCUCACAUCCUCACAGACAGGACGCUGUGGCUCGCCAGCUGCUACAGCAGGAGCCUCCAGACCCUCACAUACAGGAGUUCAUCCCACCCUCUGGGUCAUGAGGUGCUGUGGGCCCUGGGUGCAGGCUGCAGGUCCAUCACCAGCCUGCAGGUGGCGCCGGCUCACCCCUGCCAACAGCCCACUCGCUUUGGAAACCGCUGCCUGCAGAUGAUUGGUCGAUGCUGGCCACACCUCCGCUCCCUGAGUGUGGGCGGGGCCGGGUGUGGGACUCAGGGAUUGGCCGCUCUGGUGCACACCUGCGCUCAUCUGCAGGUGCUGGAGCUGGAGCGCGUCCCCGACCUCGGCCUGCAGGCUGCGAUGGAGCUGUGUGCCGCCGGCCUGAAGAGCCUGAACACGCUGAUCCUGACCCACACACCUGUGAGCGCUCAGGCCCUCCUCCACCUCCACGGUGCGUGUGCUAACAUCUCGUCCAUGAUGGUGGAGGUCGACGUGUCGGAUUACUUUGAGGAGGCGGAGUCUCUGGAAGCUCAGCGUCUGUUUGGAGAAAUCCUCGACAGGUUGAAGGUUCUUCAGGGACGUCCUGGAUUGUGUGACAUCCUGCAGGUCAAAGCUUGGGGAGUCACACACACACACACCUGAGGAGUCCCUCAAUGCAUUGUGGGUAAAAUGACGACAGCGGCUUUUCCAAACCCUUUGAAAAAACCUUUUAUUCUUCCUUGAGAUAUGUUUCAACACAGAACAAGUUCCUUCUAUUUCAUUAACCAGAGACAUCAAUCAAUCAAUCAGUUAAGCUUUCAAUCAAUCAAAAUAUCAAUCAAUAGAUCAGAUGUGUUAAAGUUGUUGAUGAGACUAAAUCCAUAUGUGUCUUUAUGAAUCUUAAAAGUUGUUAAAAGUUUCAUUUAAUUAAGACAUCAUUAAAUCAUUUUCUCCUCACUUUCAUCUUGUGUGGGUCUUCAAUAAGUAAACGACUAUUGAUAAAGACACCUGAACUCACCACAGACUGUCCAACUGUUAUAAGAGACACCUGACCUCACCACAGACUGUCCAACUGUUAUAAGAGACACCUGAACUCACCACAGAAUGUCCAACUGUUAUAAGAGACACCUGACCUCACCACAGACUGUCCAACUGUUAUAAGAGACACCUGAACUCACCACAGACUGUCCAACUGUUAUAAGAGACACCUGACCUCACCACAGACUGUCCAACUGUUAUAAGAGACACCUGAACUCACCACAGACUAUCCUACUGUUAUUAGAGACACCUGAACUCACCACAGACUAUCCUACUGUUAUUAGAGACACCUGAACUCACCACAGACUGUCAAAGUGUUAUUAGAGACACGUGA